AUGGGAUAUGUACCCAGGUCGAGUAGAAUGCUAGAAUUGAAGAUACAAGAACUAGUCCUGUCGGUUGCGCUUGAAAGUUGUGCACUCGUGAUUGAAUCGUGGUUGAUGAUCAUAGGAGAAUAUGCAAGACGACAACAUCAACAACUAGUACUUCUUAGCGAUGGGUAUGUGGGAUGUGGUAUGUACAGAUUUGACAACCUAGUAUCAAGUCGACAAUCCUUCAUUCCAAAGAUCUCAGCUAGUAGAUAG